GUGAGGCUGGCCUCGCUCGCUCCCUCCACCCUCACCAUUCACAGAAAAUAUACAACACUAAUCAUUGUUUUAAACAAUCCAGAGAUAAAAAGAAACACACUCGCUUAAAGCUCUAUAAAUGAUAAUAAGCAUUAUAUUAUCACGAUAACAGUGAACGCUGAAAAAAAGGGGAAAAAUAUGUAGAAAAUAUAUAUAUAAUGGAAUAUGCAUGUACAUGAUGCCAGCAAAUGGGUCGUAUCGUCUGUAGCUGGUAGUGAUUGGGGCGUUUCGGCUCAGCAUGGCGAGCCAUGCUGGGUUAUGGCUUUGGUGAACGCUGAUAGACACACACUCAAGUCCAGUGAUCAAACCCGCGAUGCAGGACCCAUCUUGCGGUGCGAGGAAGGCAUAAGCGAGCACCCACUACCUGUUCCUCACGCCCACACCCGCCUCUUCAGACGCCUCCUCGCGCCCACACCAGAGAUGAUGGGGAGCCGUGGGCGCGAGCAGAGUCACCUGGUGGUGGUAGUUGGGACGCUGUCCUGCCUCCUGCUCCACACCGUGUCUCAGCCCCUCCCAGGGAUCCAGAAAACAGCAGGAGACACGGAGACGGAGGACCCCGUGGGAGACAUCCGCCACGUUCUCCCGGAGGUCAACCUGGAGAACAACACCGUCAUCGACGUCAAUGUAAAUAUUGGGGACGUGGCCCACCUGCCCUGUCGCUUUCCUCAACUCUCCACCCUACACCAGAAGGCGUUCCUGCUCCUCCAGGUGUCGUGGAUCAGGCGGUGGGACUGGCAUAUCCUCACUACGGGGAUCUACACCUACACCAGCGACGAGCGCUUUAAUGUCCUACAUCUGGAUGGCUCCGACGACUGGACGUUGCAGAUCAAAUACGCUGAGAUCCGGGACAACGGAACCUAUGAGUGCCAGAUGUACACGGGGACGGGCGUGCUGUCUCAGUUCGUCAACCUUCACGUACACACGCCACGUGCUGCCAUUCUCGGGCCUCAGGAGCUGCACGUGCAGGAGGGUGACACCAUCACCCUCAUCUGUGUCAUCCAGCAGAUAACUCACAAUCCUCAGAGCAAGCCACCUUUCGUCUUCUGGUAUCAUGGUGAAAAAAUGGUGAACUACGACAGUGGCAGUCACCGUCUUAGCGUGAUCACCAAGGUGGAGGGCACCAGGACUCACUCUCGCCUCACCAUCAUUGAUGCAAGGAGUUGGGACUCUGGGAACUACUCUUGUGUACCACCCAACGUCGAGCCUGCCUUUGUCCUCGUCUACGUCACCGAAGCAGGGGACACUGUGGCAGCCGUCCAGCGCCGGGGACACACAGCAGAAACCCAAGAGACCUCCAGUGCUGUGAGAAUGGUGUUUCAAGCCUUCUUCAUCUCCUGCAUCACCUUACUCACCCACUUUCUUCCUGUUAGAUGAUCAUUUGGUCGCCCAGUUUUUUCAUGAAUAUGCAUAUAUGUAUAUAACUACAUAUUAAUAUAUAUAUAUAUAUACACUAUGUAUAUCAAUUUAGCUAAUAAUUUUUCGAUUUAGCAUGCCACAAGCAUGUUCUCAUGCAAUUGUCGCUGGUAACAGUCGACAGUUAAGCUCACAAAAUGGAUAUACACAUGCUCAGCCUCUAUCAAAUAACUUUCACCUUUUCAUUUUUGAGAGGUAAAUUCUCCAGUGUUUUGGAAGGGACGGGAAAAAUACCUCGUCUCAAGUAUGUCACCAUUUCCACAAUUAUUGAGGAGCAAUCGAAAACACUCAUAUUAUAUAUAUA